UUGCAUUGGUGGAGUCUGGAAAAAAGUGACUCUAGAAAACCAGUACAGUUUCGUUAUUUUCACAUUUAAAUGUACAGAUAAGUCCCAGUAAUGUCUGUGAAGAUAUUCUACGACAUCAUGUCGCAACCUGCGAGGUCGGUUUUGAUGUUUGUGAGAACAAACAAGAUCCCUUACACUCCGUGUCCGAUAGCCAUGCGAAAAUUUGAACACCAAUCCGAGGAGUAUGCAGCUGUUAAUCCAAUGAAGAAAAUUCCAGCAAUGCAAGAUGGAGAUUUCAAACUCACCGAGAGUAUCGCAAUAGUGAAGUAUCUGCAGAGCAAGUAUGCAUGCCCUGAUCAUUGGUACCCUGCAGACCUAAAGGCCAGGGCCAGGGUCGAUGAGUACCUGGCAUGGCAGCACAUGAACACAAGAUUAAAUGUUGCAAAGGUCUUUUUGAAACAGGUAAUCUUUCCUCGGAUGACUGGCACCCCUCCAGACCCUGCCGCCCUAGCCCCUGAUAUUCAGCGGAUGGAAGAGACCCUAGACAACAUAGAAACCUACUUCCUUCGGGACAAACCAUUCCUGUGUGGGGAUGACAUCAGCAUCGCAGACCUGUUUGGAGUAAAUGAGGUUAUACAAAUUGAACCCUGUGGAUACGGUACGUUAGACAGGAGACCAAAACUGAAGGCUUGGAUUGGAAGAGUCCGAGAGCGAGUACAACCAGAGAUCUUUGACGAUGUCUGCCAACUCAUCUACAAACUAGCCAAAACAAAACCAAAGCUAUAAUCAUAUUAAAGAUCCAUAGAGAAGUAGAGUGUAUGGCAUUUAAAGAUGAUUUGUGUCAUGUGAUUUUCUAUCCUUCCAUGAGGUGUAUGUAUUAAGAUGGUUUUUAAUUUCGUGAUCGCGGUACAGCCCACCUUUUUUCCAGGGGGUUGGUCACUUGACUUUCAAAAAAUUAAAAAAUAUCAUUAAAAGUUUAUUCUUGUGUGUAUUAAGCUAGAAUUUUGAGUUUGUCAAAUCAUGAUCUAAUCAUGUGCAGGAUAUUCUUAUACUUGAAUUGGUCAGAAUUUUAGUAUGACUAUAAAAUUCAUUGAUUUUCUUAUUUUCUUCAGGGGUUACACUUGAGUCUGAAUCAAAAGAAAGAGUAGAAACAUGUCAAUAGGAAUAUUUGACUCGUAAAAAAUGAUGUGUUUAGCCUCAGGGUUGGUUUUCAAAAAAUGGUUGUGUGCCUUUAAGAAUAUAGUUAAGUCACUGAGUGCCCCAACCCCUGUGUUUAGUAUGCAAUUUAGAGACAAAACAGGACUCUUUGAAAUGUGAUGGAUGAGGUUUGUCUGUUGAUUCUGUUUUGAGGAAAGGAGCAGGGUCAAUACUCUGACAUUGCUGCAUCAUUGUUAAAUCUUAUAUUCAUAUGACAUAGUAAUUGAUAGUGGGGUGCUUUACCCAACUACUUUUGACCUUGUACAAGAAUGAUCUAAAAAUGUACUAUGACAAAUGGACAAUCACACUAAUGGAGAUGAGAUGGAGGCUAGAAGUAGUAUUCAGAAUACCCGACUAUGGGCCUGUAACACAAAGCCUUGAUAGUGAUCAUCGUUGGAAUUUUUUGAUGAUUAAUUGCAUUGACUACAAUGUGUAAUUAAGCGUACAAUUAAUCGGUUCUGUGACUAUUGCUAUGACGACAAUUGCUGUGAUGGAAAAUUUAUCUUCACAUUAUUCUGAACCAAAUACUCUCUUACAAUCCUAACUUUAACCCUAUGGCCACUGAGAUUUUAACACCGGAGCAAAUGUCGCAGGAGAAAAUGUUGUCACUGAUUAAUCGCUAACGUUUGUGUUACGGGAUCAUGUUUAGUAGAAAAGAAUGUGGUUUCUUUAUUUUAGCAUCAUGAUUUCACAAAACAGAAUUCACAGAUAUAAAAAGGAAAGAAAGAGGAUGAUCGAAUUUCUGAUGCCAUGAUUUACAUACUAGAGAUUGAUUUUUCUGAUAUACUUUCAAGAAUCAGAUGAAAUUAAUAACUUUUAAUAAAAGGAGUAUAUUUUUCCUUAUCAGGUAUAAGAACUCAGUCAUAACCAGUAUUACAAAGAAACAAGGUAUUCAAGUACAUGUCAACUCUAAGAAAACUAUUGCCCUCUUGCUAAUCAAUUAUAGAUGUAUCGUUAUUGUAUAUCUAAAGUAAGUAUUAAGUAAUAUGAUUGGUGAAAUAUCCAUAAAUGAUGUUUGAUUAUUUUCUCGAUUGCGUAGCAGAGCGAGACUAUAGGCGCCAUUUUCAUCAACAUCAAAUCUUAACUAAAGGUUAAGUUUUUGAAAUGUCAUCAUAACUUAGAAAGUAUAUGGACUUAGUUCAUAAACUUGGAUACUAGGGUAAUUAAGUAAUUACUGAACAUCCUGCCCGAGUUUCAGGUCACAUGACCAAGGUCAAUGAACUUUGGCCGUGUUGAGGGGUAUAUGUUGAAUUGCCAUCAUAACUUUGAAAGUUUAUGGAUCUAGUUCAUGAAAUGUGGAUAUGAGGGUGAUCAAGUAUCAGUGAUCAUCUUGCAUGAGUCUUCGGUCACAAGAUCGAGUUCAAAUGCCAUUUAGGGUCAAUGAACAUGUCACACGAAUGGUGUUUUUUGUGAAUGAUUAUUUUAUAGUUGUUUUCAAAGUCAGCACUGCUUCUAUAUUGAAUUGCGUAAUGCAGGCGAGACUGCCAGAGGCGCUCCACUUGUAUGUUACUAUGAACACUAUCAUCUUAUAUAAGAUGGUAGAGUUUCUGAUGAAUCUUAUCAUUCAUCAUGCGAUUUCAGGAAGUGAAGUAAUUUUCAUGAUGUAACUGUAGAUUGCUUGGUUUGCUUUUUCCUUUUAAUACUGUUAGUUCUUGUUGCUGAUUGACACUUUGCUGUAUUAUUUUCACGAGAUGAAUUGUGUACAAUAUUACAUGCUCUCUUGAAACUCAGGAGAGGUGCCAGAGUUCUUUGAUGAAGAUGGGCAAGAUUAUUGUGGAUAUAUGUUAUAUUAAAUAUGAGGGGAAGCCUUGGAGCCCCCCUAACUAACCAUUACAGUAAUGGUUAGUUACAGACGCUUUAUAUGCAGAAUAACUUCUGUUCAUAUUCCUGUACAAUACAUGUAGUAAUGAUUUUAUUUCAAAGUAAUUUUCUUAAUAUUUCGCUUUGUCAAAGUCCUGUCAUGUUUUUGAAUAUGGAUAACAGAGAAAUUAAUUGUUCAUUCCAUACAAUGGAAAAUAUUCUGUAAACAUUGUUUUAUUACGCUGCAUUACGAAUAAAGUAAGUGUUAAGCACUAUAUAUAAGCAAGUAUUAGUAUCAUUAUUAUUUAUUGAUCAUGUUAUAUUGGUUAUGUUCUUACAUUUUAAGGCCAGUGGGUGAUUUCAAGUCUAGUGUUGGAAUUUGGAUUGCUUCCCCUAGCU